UCGCGUGACCGACGUAUAACGCUCCAGCGGCAUUCGUCUGCCGAGCCCGUCCGCCACCGUUACGCGCUCUCAUCUCUCUUCGAGCUUUGCACGCCGCUCCGCACUUAGUUGACAAAAAAAAAUUUAUAAUUUAUUUCGGUACAACGCAAUAAUAAUAUUCUAUAAUUAUAUAAUAUUAAUAUUAUUAAUCGCGUACGAUUUAUAUACCGGUAAAACCGCAGUCGUCCGACGGCCAAGUCGCCUGGCCGUCAUAUACGUCUCGAUUCGUGAGGGAAUGCCGUCCGGACGCCGGAAUCGCAGAGCGCGUACGCCCUCUGAACAACUGAGACACUUGUUGCAGCGUAUCCUGGAACUGUACGAACGCGCGUCCGCAGCGUAUCACCGGAUGCGAGCAGGGCCCGUACAUCCGGAGAGUCACAUCUUGGAGCGGCUGCGUUUCACGUCUUGGCAAUCUCCGGUGACAGGCCGUGAGAGGCGCAUGUGGGACCGCCGGACGAAGGAUUAGGAACGACCGGUCGGCCGAACUGGGCUGACCAACGCCGCCGCUGGGAAGCGGAGGCAACGCGAUCGUCGGGCGCGCGACAAUACCGCCGAGCGGCACGGGACGACGAUUGAGAGGGCUACGACAGACGACGACGAUCACGACGACAGCGAGGGUGACGGAACCGGCGACGAAGAAAACGGAGCCGACGAUAAGGACGAAAAGUACAAAAAGGACGACGACGACGACGACGACGACAGCGACGAGUACUGGGAGAUACAAGUCUAAGACCAUCAUGAAAUUGACUUGUUUGAUGUGCCACGUUCGCGAAAUUUUCGUGGUCUACGUCAAAAUUCCCAACACGUCGUUCAACUUGCUCGUCUCUAUUGUUCAAAAGGAUUGUACCAUAUAUGCGUUAUCACUUUGCGUUUUGAAUCUUUUGUUGCGUCGCUUCAAGACCCGUGCAGCAUGCCCCGGUCGCAGAAGUAGCAGGACGAUUCCAAAAAACAAGACACUGCCGCUUCGAAUGAUCCGCCGCAACCGCUUUCUUAAAGUUAAUUAUCUCAUGGAUUAUCUACGCUAUAAUAUCGAUGUAUUAUACAGACAAAUGUUUGUGCGAUAUACGUACACUAAGUUGCGUUCACGUGGUCGGCUUGUUAAAAAUCGUAAGUUAUUUGCACUCUUCUACUUUUUCAAAUAAAAAACCAUUAACGAUGACCCGUUCUCAGGGGGAACUCCCCUUGAGGAAAUACAAUAAUAUAUUUCAACAAUUUGAUUAAAAAAAAUAAAAACUUAAAUUAAUUAACCCCUAUAUACAUUAUACAUUUAAUAAUUAUAUACUUAAUUAUAUUUAUAAUAUCAUUGCUUUAAUAUCAUAUUUCUGCUUUUAGCAACGCUUUGAGAACAUUAUGGGUACUUAAGCUAUAUUUAAUACUUUUAAACCAUAAUAUAUAGGACAUUAGUCAAUUUAGAUUGCUUCGCGUAGUUCAUUUAAAUUUCAUUUGAGAAAUUAUCUAGAUGGUUACAACUUAUAAGCUAUAUUUAAACCUUAUAAAUUACAUAUUAGCAUUAUUAUUAUAAUAAUUUAGGUUAUUUAGUAAUUAAGCCUAUUUGGCUUAUUGUAGUGUUUAUAGUAUAUUACAUAAAAACAAACGUAGUUCUAUUUAAGAAUUAAAAUAUUAAACAAUACUACA